AUGUCCAAAGUGAUGGAAACCAUGAUGAAACACAUCAAAGAUCAAGAUACUCUUAUCGCUCAAUUGCUCACCCAAAAAGAUCACGUUCCUGAAAGAAAUCAUGUGAACCCUAAGGAGCAUCAAGAGCGUGAAAUUCUCUCCUCUAAAGGUGAGGACAAUGUGAAAGAAGUAUAUGUGACUGCCGAGAGAACUAUUCACGUAGAACAACUGAAGAAACUUGUUGAAAACAUGAUUAAAGACAAAAAGGAGGGUGGUUCAAAGUCAACCUUUACCUACUCCAAGCCUUACACUGCUAGAAUUGACAACCUAGCAAUGCCUGCUGGAUAUCAACCACCUAAGUUUCAACAGUUCGAUGGAAAAGGCAGUUCAAAACAACAUGUGACCCAUUUUAUUGAAACCUGCAAUAAUGCUGGAACAUAUGGUGACCUGCUAGUCAAACAGUUUGUUCAAUCCUUGAAAGGCAAUGUAUUUGAUUGGUACACUGAUCUCACACUAGGAUCCAUUGACAGUUGGGAACAGCUGGAGCAAGAGUUCUUGAAUCGCUUCUACAGCCCUAGAAGAACUGUUACUAUAUUGGAAUUGACUAACACUCGCCAAUGGAAGGAUGAACGUGUAGUCAACUACAUCGAUAGGUGGAGAAGUCUGAGUCUUAACUGUAAAGAUAGACUAUCUGAACCCUCUGCCAUAUAA